AUGCCCCUCUCCGAUGAGAUAAAGGCCAAAGACGCCCUGAUCAAGAAACAGCGUGACGUCAUCGCCAAAUACCUCAUCCUCGACAUCGAAGACUUUCUCGCUGAAGCCCGCGAAAAGGAAGAGGCGGAGGCUGCGGAAGCGUACGAACUUGCGCUGGCAGAGGAAAAGGCCAGGGGCAGAUGGGUAAAAUGGAAGAAGAUCUACAGACUACAAUACGACGGCGUCUCAGUUCGGAGCAUCAUCUACUACAACUUCCGUAGCCUUUGGGAGUCCUGGGGCACCAAUCCGUACCAUCUGCACGCCGCCUGGUACGCCAUCAUGCUGACCUUGCUGCUACUUUGGCUCAUCGGAAGCAUCGUCUGCGGAUACUACGAAGCGGAGAAGGAGACGGGCAGCGUGCGGAUGGCCAAGCUGUGCAGGGGCAUUCUGGGCUCUAUUCCGCCAAUUGUGCAGUUCAUCCUCUUCUUGUUUCCGCCGCUGUUUGUUCAAUUCUGA